GAGUUUGGUCGUCCAGGACGAGAAUAGGGGGGCCCCAGUGGGCUGCGGUGCUGCCGGCUCUGCAGCUUGGGCAGGCUCUUCAGGACCUGUGCCAGUUCCUGUCCGUCAUUGUCCAGGGCGUAGGCUCUCAUCGCCGUUGGUGAGCCGCAGGGCAUGGUUGAUGGCGGCGCGGUCCCCGGUGGCUCAGUUCGAGCCUCAGGUCCGCAAGAGGGAGGACGUAUUCAAUGGGGAGAGGUUCGACGCCCCGGGCCUCAGCUUCUGCCUCAAGGGCAGCGGCAAUGGACCAGGCGUUGUGCCGGUGUCGCCAGGGAUGUGGCAAUGGCUGUGCCCUUGUCCUUCACAAUCUCGGUGACUCUUGCGACAUGUGCCGACCAGUCCAGCGAGAACGUGAGCUGCACUCCCAGGUCGUCGAGCGAGUUGGUGAGCGCCGCCAGGUCGUCUGCGUACGCGGCGGCACUGCAAUGGUACUGCAGGUUUUCGCUGGGGGUCAGGCAGCCGUAGUGGUAGCCCCGUCCGCCCGCAUGGAGCCAGCGGACAAGAGGUUCCAUGAACAGAAUAAAGAGCACAGGUGAGAGUGUAUCCCCUUGCACGGUGCCUCGCUCUAUAGGAAUGGCGGAUGUGCUUCCGUGUUCGGUGCGGAUGCGGGUGGUCGCAUGUGCAUAUAGGUUGCGGACUGCGCGGAUCAGGUCCGUUGGCAGCCCAAGGUCAAACAUAAUUUGUAGUAAUCGGUCCUG